ACAUAGUUUUCAAAACCAUAUUUUGACGCCAUAUUUGUUUUGCAGUUAAACAAGAGAUUUGUUCUCAGUUUCCUUCACACUCACGGAAAACUCUUCUCAAGAGUCGGUAUGGAAUCGUUUGUGCCGGUAGUGAACCAAAUGUUGGCGGAGUUUCAUUCGCUUCUUCGCCGUUCGCCGAUUCCCGUAAUGUCUCAACGAUUGUCGCAACUGUUGGCCAUCAAUAUGUUUGCAGUAUUUCACACAUCACUCAAAGACACAACGUUUGGCCAGAAUUGCCGUUCCCUUCUUCAGGAACAGGCCAUACAAGUGACGCUCGCUAUGAUGUCGUUAAUACUCGAGUGCGCCAUAAACUCAUUGAAAGCACAGACGGAGACCAGUCGGGACACAAUUGCCGACGAUUUGGCCGAAUUAUUGCCUACCAUUAAGCUAUGGACCGAUUGGAUGUCCUGCCAGAAGCAGCUCUGGUGUCCGCCGCCGCCGUCCUCUGACUUUAAGAUCGAUUGCCGAGAAGAGGGCGAUAUAUGGACUCUAUUCGCCACGUUUUUGACGCUAUUGACCAAAAUCAAUGUGCGAACAGUGAAACUGUUUGGCAGCCGACUGGAGGGCUGUGAGGCCAUCAUUCUGCCGGAGGACACGGCGUUGGCCGGCUUUCUGCCGCUGCUCGGGUCACCGCAAUGCGUCCAAUUCGCGCAACCAAAC